CCUCCAGCCUCAGAGAUGGGUCCAGCAAAGCCAUUUAAUACCUAAUACAAGACGGGGCAGAUUUCCCACGGUGAAUCCCUCGACAGACGUCCCUCAGGGGCCUCCAGCACGUAGCUACGAGCCCACCACUGACUCCCUUCUCUACUUGACGGUGACGGAGUUAAUUAUCUCUGCAGCAUGUCGGUCAAUGUCAAACUCAUCCUGAUUGAAAUCCUGAAUGAGCUGAGUGGGGAACAAUUCCAAACAUUCAAAUGGCGUCUGGUGAAUGGAGUUGAUGACAAGAAAAUAAGCUAUUGCAAUUUGGAAUUAGCCAACCGGGAAAAGACCAUCGACGAGAUACUGAGCCACUUCGGAAGCUCUGAUGCCCUGGAAAAGGCCAGGGAGAUCCUGGAUGCCGUACCUAGGAAAGAUCUCGCUGGCAAGCUCAUGAAGAAAGUCAAAGACACACUGCGUGAAAUCCUGGAAGAGCUGAGUGAGGAAAACUUCAAUAAAUUCAAAUCGUGUCUGGUGAAUGGAGAUGAUGACAAGAAAAUAAACCGUCUGUCUUUGGAAGGAGCCAACCGGGAAAAGACCAUGGAGAUGGUGGAUCACUUCGGAAGCUUUGAUGCCCUGGAAACAGCCGAGAAGGUCCUGGAAGAUAUGAAGGUCGCUGGCAAGCUCAUGACGAAAGUGCCAGUAGCAAAACAAGCUCAGGAGAGGAAAAAGGAGACGCUAAAGGAGCCCACAGAGGAGACGCUAAAGGAACCCACAGAGGAGACGCUAAAGGAGACCACAGAGAUGGAGUGCAUGGUGACCGCUCUGCUCAGGUCUGAGGCCCUUGCUCGGGAACGCCAUAUGCCACAUGCUUCGAAAACUGCAGUCGAGGCGUCUCCACUGAGAAUGACCAAUAACUUCUCAAAAGUGAAGGGCGCUUUUGUCCGACAGCUCCUUACUACUAACCUCGAGAUACUGCGAAAAGAUCAAUUUGAAAACUUCAGAGAUGUGCUGUGCGAGACACCCGUGAAGGACCUUGUCCGUGCAGGAGAUGAAUUUCUUGACGAACCCAACACAUUCCAGAGGGACGCCAGCCUAGAAACCCUUGUCGAGGAUUUGAUAGGCAAAUUUGGCCGGACUUACGCACUGACGGCAGCUGCGACAGUGAUGGAAAAAAUAGGGAGAAGGGACCUUGCUAAAGAACUCCAGGGAGAAGAAGAAGCCCUGCACGUGACCGAAUAUCUGAGAAGAAAACCAAAAGGUGAAGUAGACCCAGAGGACAGGUUCCUUUUGUGGAUUUCUCUAAGAUUUUCCCUUCACUUCAUCCUGCCCACGGCUUUCUUCGAAGGCAUCCCGGCGUUGGAAAGACACAGCAGCAAGGGCUGAUCCGAGCCCUUUAGCGAAUUAGAUAAAACAGUGAUUGCUUCUGUGAUGUUGCACUCUACCUGAUUUUAUGAAAAUGUGCUAAUGAGGGCGAAUCUAUUGUAACUGGAACAUGCUUCAUGCAAAAGGUCUCUUGUAAGGUAUCAUUACAAAGCUUAUAAUGUCCUGAGUGGGGUCAGCCUAUUUGUAUGCAUGUAUCACUCGUGUAUUUGAAACUAGAAAUAUGAAAUAUAACGCUGAGGGGCUAUUGUAAUUAUGCAAACUGGGGGCCAUUAAUGGUGGUUUGGAAUCUUGAUGGCUCCCACUAACCAGGCCAACUGACUGUGGACGGCUCUGUUUGCUUGCAGGCCUUCCUGUGAGUCAGGCUGGGAGGGAUCAUGGCUUGGGGUCUUACAGGACAUGUGAUCAUGUCAACUGAACUGGAAUCCAUCUUUAACCUGGUGCUUUUCCAAUGUGGGGGGGGACCCAGAGAGAGACAAAGGAUUCCUGCCUUGUGCAAAAGGUAUAUAAGUGGGUGGAACAGAACAGAGGAGUCUGCAGUCAUGAGAAAUUCCCUAGCUACCGUCUGAGCUGGAACACGGGCUGUACCGGGGAGAGGAUUGAGCCCAGACUAGGAAGGCGUCCAGGCUGUGAUAGAAGCUUAUUGAAACAUCUGAGGGUGAAGUUUUAGCUGUAUUCAGUUUUCUUACUGUAUUAGCUUUAGACUUGCAUGUUUUAUUUUAUUUUGCUUCAUAAUUCACUUUGUUCUGUCUGCUAGUACUUGGAACCAUCUAAAUCCUACUUUCUGUAUUUAAUAAAAUCACUUUUUACUUA